AUGCGGAUCGGGGUGCACCACAUCGCCCUCUGGCGCGCGGGUCUGCGUGCCACGCACACUGCACGCCUGCGCACAGAUACCCACGCCUACGUUGCGCGGCGCUUCCUUGCUGAUCGCCCUGAUCCGCCGAAGGAGCCCAAGAAGGACGAGGAACAGCAAGGUGCACCUUCGCCCGGCGCCGGCGAGCCUGUCGAGCGCUCGUUCACCACGUCGACGUCCGAGGCCGCUGCAGCGAUGGACAAGCAGCCGCUGCCCUACCUUUCUCGUCCCCUUGGCGUGCCGGGUCGCCCCACGUCCGAAAAAGUGUCGUGGAGCGAGCGCCAUCCCGAAUGGUAUGACCGCGACGCGCGCAUUGCCAAGCGCCGCAUGAUUGUCAAGGAAGCCACGCGCGGCUACUUCCACGACUUCCACGAGAUCCGCUCGCACGGCGGCAAGACCUGGCGGAGUCCGAAUACCAUGAUCCGGCACGAUAAAUCGCUCUUCUUUCCCGAUAUCCAAGGCACCUGCCUUGCGGAUCGCUCGCAGAAGCACACGUCUGACAUGAUCUUUGGCAAAGUCUCGGUGGUCGCGAUGCUCACGUCCAAAGUGUCGGAGGAACAUACCCGCAGCUUCUACCAGGCCACGCUUGACCGUUUUGGUGACGAUCCCAACUUCCAGCUCAUCCAAAUCAACCUACAGGAGAACUCGCUGAAGGCAUAUCUCAUCAAGCUCUUUAUCUCGACGCUGCGUGCGACGGUCGCCCCCAAGCUGCAAUCGACCUAUCUUCUGAGCGCUCAAAAUAUGGACAGCGUGCGCGAGGGAAUGGGCCUGCACAACAAGCACGUCGGGUACACCUACCUGGUCGGACCCGACGGCAAAAUCCGCUGGGCCGGCAGCGCCUUUGCGGAGCCCGACGAGUCGCGCGCGCUCAUUGCCUGCACCGCGGUGCUGCUCGACCGCCUCGCCGGCCGCCGCCAUAGCUCACGUGAUCAAUAG